AUCAGAAACAAACACGAGAUGCUAGAACGAGGAAGAUUUUGGCAGUUGUAUGUAGUGAGGUCACGAACGUUCUAUCCUAGUUGUUUUUUUGCCACCUCACCUGCAAAAUGGCCGGCAGUUUUCAAGCGGGCGGAAGUGUUUUUUGACGAAAAAGAUUUUCAAUUAUUAAGCGGCCGGGGCUUUAGCGGCAAAGUAGCCCGGGCGGAUUCUAUCGAUUCUCGCUUGAUAAAACGACGCAGGGGAGCCGGCAAAAGGGGCGCCCUUCUGAGGCGCCCGCCGCCUUAGUUUCUGGCGAUUUGGGGCGCCCAAAAAUUAUGUAGGUCAGUUUACCACAACCGCUCGGCGCUUUAAAUGCGUUCACGAAAUGAAAGCUUGCACUUGGUUUAGCAUGGCUAACCACAUUCCAGUGACGCAAGAUUAUUCUAGUCUGGCUCACAUGGGGGACAAAGAUGGUGGGGCGCGCGCGCUCGUCGGUUCGUUUUUUCGGAUUCGCAAAAUGGCAGGAGAGCGAGACCGAAGAAAAUCGCGCUCGUUUUUUCAAAUUAAUGUGUAGCAGCAAAAAAAAAAAAAACUGUCGCGCGCGCGAAGCCGUCGCGCAGCCGUCCGGGCCGCUCGGCCGCCCCCGCGCCGGGGCGCAGGGCGGUGCCGCUCGCGCCCCUGGAAGCCUUUCGCUCCACCGAGCGCACCGGGGCGCCGCGAACGCAGCGAAGAGGCGCGAGCGGCCCGGGCGGUCCGAGCGGCGCAGCCGCCCGGGCCGCUCGCUGCGCCGCUCGAGCCCGUCCCGCUCCCGGCAGCGGCCCGGAGCGCCGGCAAGGGCCCGAGCGGCCGGAAGCGCUCCGAGCGGCGCGGGCGGCGCCAGGCCGGAAUUCCGAGCGGCGCGAGCGGUCGUGGGCGCGCGGCCGCCGCUUUCGCGGCGGCUGGAAGUCUCGGGGCCUGGCCGCUGGUGGUCCAGGUGUUCGGGCCACAAGGUAGGGGCCCCAGGCUAAGAGUGCUGUCGCAUUUUCGAAAAAAGUGCGGCGUUCUCGGUGUUAAAUUUGAAAAGCGGCAAGACCCUGGCUCAGAUCAUGGCGGCGGGCUGUGCGGCCAACGUGGCGACCCCGGUCGGAGGCGCGGCGCUUUGGGCGGAUCCCAUGUAUGAAAAAAAAUAUUUAAAAUCUUGAACGCAUUUAAAGACCCUAGCGGUUGUGGUAGAACUGACCUACUUGACAAAAAGGGGCGCCCAAAAAGCAGCAGUCCGGAAAAAACAGCGAAUCCGCAUGGUAUGGGCCUCGUUUUGGCUCACAUUCCAGCCCCGUAAAAGACGCCACCAAAAUCCGCCAUUUCAGAGGCGGACUCAAGGCCAGAAGAUGCGGCAUUUUGACAAAAAGAACAAAAAAAAACAAAAUCCGCCAAAGGCGAAAAGCCAAUCCGCAUGCUACGGGCCAGAUUUGGGGCUCCCAAGGGGCCAACCCUGGCGGGGGCCCUGGCGGGGCCAUAGCAUGCGGGAAAGGCUUUUCGAUUCGAAAACAAAUGGAGGCCAGCCCUGGGUCGAGAUUUUCAGUGACCGCCGUGCCGUCGUGCAUAACGUUACUCGCGAUGGCAUGGCGGGCAAAGAAGUCGCGUCUUUUUUUGGCGUGAAGACAAAAAAACAGCCAUGACCUCACUACCCCCGCUGAGGCGGCUAUUAUUGGUAAAAUAGGACAAGACCUUGAAUAUAUGUGGGAGGUAAUAACGACUCGCUCCACACGGUCGUGGUACACCGGAAACAAAAACAUACCAAUACCUUUCUCUGUCGAUAUAUACUAUCGCGAAGUCUGUCAAGGGCUUGGUCCCAUGAAGCAACGCCUUGAGUGUGGGUUCUGA